AUGCACAAACGCAGUCUUCGCGUACAUCAGAUCAAACUUAUGGUCGAUGCGCGAGAAAACCUCUGCCACCGCCGUGUAAUUGUUGCUUAUCAUGCACACCGCGUGCUGCACCCACGCCAGAUCCCCGCCCGGGACCAUUGCCAGAGGCUGGUAGUUAAUCCCGCACUUGAAUCCUGUCUGAAUCGUGCGCUUCGUCUUGAUUGUGGCAUUCACGUCCUUGGGCACAAUGUCCCCACGGCAACACGCCAUGUACUUUCUGUCUCGAGGGUCGCAUUUGUCCAUCAUGCUAGAAGGCGAGCUCAUGAUCUCUGGGGCAGACAACUGCUCGUGGUAAGCCUUGGCUGCAGAGAUGACGGGAGCGUAAGACGAGAGCAUGAUGUGGAUGCGCGGGAGGCACUGUCCCCUGGCAAAGUUGUUGACACCAUCCUCUUUGCCGCAAAUGAGUUGCUCCGGAUGGAACAGCUGCCGGUAGGGCCCACUCCGAACUUCAUCAACAACAGUGGGUUCGAGAUCCACAAAAACGGCCAUGGGUACAUGCUUCCCGACACUGGUUUCAUUAAAGAAGGUGUUGAAAGAGUCGUCUGCCACUCCAAAGGAUUUGUCAAUGCAAGCACAAACAGACAAACAAACCAAAAAAAAUCUCUCUUUAGUGAUAAACGGCAAUUUAAUGGACACAAAGGAAAUAACCAACACUGA